AUGGAAUCAGAUUUUGCAGCUCUAUCCCUUGAUGAUGAUGAUGAAGAAAUCCUGCAAGCGGAAGGAGAAAUAGAAUUGGUUAGUGAAGAAGAAGCGCUAAGCCUAGUUGGUUGUUUCCUUACAGCCAGUAUCAUCCAUUUUCCUCCAAUGAAAAGUACCAUGGCUAAUUUAUGGCAUCCUAUCAAGGGGAUUCAAAUCAGAGAUCUGGGAGGAAAGAGGUAUAUUUUUAAAUUCUUUCUUAUUAUGGAUAUGGAAAGAGUUAUAAAAGGGUCCCCUUGGACAUUUAAUAAUCAUCUGCUGAUUUUGCAUAAAUUGCAAUGGGGAGAGGACCCACUCCGAAUUCCAUUAAUUUUAUCACCUUUCUGGGUACAAGUUCACGAUGUUCCCAUAGGUUUUUAUUCUGAAAGCCUAGCCAUGCAAUUAGGGAAUUUUAUUGGAAUUUUCCAAGAGUACAAUAGUUCUAGUUUGGGGAAAGAAAAUAUGAAUUAUAUGCAGAUCAGGGUUCACAUUGAUAUCCGUCGUCCUCUUAAAAGGAAAAAGCAGGUUCAGUUUAAGAACAAGUGUUCUUAUGUUCGAUUUAAAUAUGAGAGAUUAACUCUCUUUUGCUUCUUCUGUGGCCGAUUAGGACAUAACAAUUCAUAUUGCGAAGUAAAAAUGCAAACAGGGUAUGAAAUAGAAGAGAUGGGAUGGGACUUCUCCUUGCGUGCACAGUCAAGGAGAGCCCAAGCAAUGAGCAGUGCCUGGCUAAGGGAGGAGGGAGGACCAUUAGGCAGAAGUAGUAGAGAAGAAUUCAGGAGCAACGAAGAUUGGAGAAAGGCAAGAAAAUUUGAGAAUAUUCCUGAUCCAAUUUUAGGUUUUAAUUUGGAAGGUAACGGGCUUAAAUAG